CGGUUCCGUUUAAACCCUAGCAAAGUCGAAAAGAGGGGUUUAUGGCUCGCGCCAGACGCUAAACCCUUUUGAAGCUUCUCACAAACCCAUUCUCAAAUGACCUGAAGAUAUCAGAUCAGUGCUCGGAAUCUCAGUCCUAUGGCUGCUUCAAAAUUGUCGUGCGUGGCAAUGGCUGCGGCGGUCGCCUCCAUGUCCACGCUCUCCGGCCGCGCGUACGCUGACGGUCCCUUUCGUUUCUUUCCUUUCUCUUCUUCGACUCCUCAGGGGGACCAGAGCUCUGAUGUGAAGUCGGAGGCGAAACCCGAGGGCGAAGAGUCCAGAGGCUCGGGUUUCGAUCCCGAGUCGUUGGAACGAGGCGCCAAAGCUCUUCGUGAAAUCAACAGCUCCCCCUUCGCAAAACAGGUUUUUCAAGUAAUGAGGAAGCAAGAAGAUAAUCGUCUUGCGGAGUUGACCGCUGAGAAGUGUCAUUUUGAAGCAGCUCAAGCUCAAGCUGAUAUCGAAAAGCAGCGGAAAUUGCAUGAAGAGCAAAGAGAUCUAAUGCAACAACAAGCCCAAGCAAAGGCACAAAUGCUGCGAUAUGACGAUGAGCUGACUAGAAAAAGAAUGCAGACAGAUCAUGAAGUUCAGAGGAAGCAUAAUGUUGAUUUGGUUAGGAUGCAAGAGGAGUCCUCUUUACGGAAAGAACAAGCCAGACGAGCUACUGAGGAACAGAUCCAAGCUCAGCAGCGCGAAACUGAGAAAGAGAGAGCUGAAAUAGAGCGUGAAACCAUAAGAGUUAAGGCCAUGGCAGAGGCUGAGGGUCGAGCCCAUGAAGCAAAACUGACUGAGGAACAUAACAGGCGAAUGCUUAUAGAACGGAUUAAUGGUGAAAGAGAGAAAUGGCUUGCUGCAAUCAAUACAACUUUUAGCCACAUUGAAGGGGGUUUUAGGGUCCUACUGACCGAUAGGAACAAGUUGCUUAUGACUGUUGGAGGAGCCACAGCAUUGGCUGCAGGAGUUUAUACAACUAGAGAAGGAGCUAGAGUUAUGUGGGGAUAUGUUAAUCGGAUUCUAGGGCAGCCAUCACUUAUUCGAGAAUCAUCGAUUGCAAGGUUUCCAGGAUCAGAAGUGAUUUCUCGAGCAAAAAAUAAAGUUUUGGAAUAUGGUACAUCAGCUGGGGCAGCAGGGUCUGUGGGAAGUAAAAAAAGUCAUGGAAAUAUUGUUCUCCAUCCUUCGUUGCAAAAGAGAAUAGAGCAACUUGCUCGAGCUACAGCAAACACCAAGACUCAUCAGGCACCUUUUCGUAAUAUGCUGUUUUAUGGGCCUCCUGGCACCGGUAAAACCUUGGUUGCGAGGGAGAUAGCCCGGAAAUCGGGUUUGGAUUAUGCCUUGAUGACAGGAGGAGAUGUUGCGCCCCUGGGUGCGCAGGCUGUUACCAAAAUCCAUCAGAUAUUUGAUUGGGCUAAAAAAUCGAAUAAAGGUUUACUGCUUUUUAUUGAUGAGGCAGAUGCUUUCUUAUGCGAGCGCAACAGUACAUAUAUGAGUGAAGCUCAACGAAGUGCUCUAAAUGCAUUGCUCUUCCGGACUGGUGAUCAGUCUAGAGACGUAGUGCUCGUUCUUGCCACAAACAGGCCAGGUGAUCUUGACAGUGCCGUCACCGACCGUAUUGAUGAAGUGAUUGAGUUUCCACUUCCAGGAGAGGAGGAACGUUUUAAACUGCUGAAGCUCUAUUUGAACAAGUACCUUUCCGAUGAAGGUGACAGCACAUCUAAAUGGGGUCUUCGGUUAAAGAAAAAGGCACAAAAGAUAACUAUAACAGACGUGUCGGACGAUGUGAUCCGAGAGGCUGCCCAGAAGACAGAAGGGUUCUCCGGGCGUGAGAUAGCAAAACUAGUGGCCAGUGUCCAAGCAGCUGUUUAUGGGCGCCCGGAUUGCGUGUUGGAUGCCCAGCUGUUUAAGGAAAUUGUAGAUUACAAGGUUGCGGAACAUCACCAACGACUAAAACUGGCAGCUGAAGGUGGGCUGACGGCUUAGGUAGAGAAUGAGACUUCACUUAUUACAAAGUAGAGAAAGAGAAAGCAGGCUUCUUUUUCAAAGCCCAAAUAUUGGAAAUUUUUGCUAUAUAUUUAUGAAUGUUUUACAGUCUUUAUCUAUUGGAAUUUAUCAUUCUUUUCUUCCA